AUGAGCAUUAUCGUAAACGUUCAUGCACGUGAAAUUUUAGACAGUCGUGGCAACCCAACCGUUGAAGCAGAAGUUUAUUUAGAUAAUGGUAUACAAGGACGUGCAGCAGUACCUAGUGGCGCAAGCACGGGAGAAUACGAAGCAGUUGAACGCCGUGAUGGUGACAACCGAUAUCUAGGCAAAGGCGUCCAGCAAGCCGUUGCUACCAUUACAGACAAAAUUGCACCGGAACUAAUUGGCUACGAUGUCACCGAACAACGCCACUUAGACCAGUUAAUGCUAGACCUAGAUAAAACACCUAAUAAAAGCCAACUGGGUGCAAAUGCAAUUUUAGGUGUUAGCCUUGCAGCAGCAAGAGCAGCAUCACAAACGGUUGGUCUUCCUUUAUGGCGUUAUAUCGGCGGUACCAAUAGUCAUAUCAUGCCAGUCCCAAUGCUAAAUAUUAUUAAUGGCGGUCAACAUGCAGAUAACAACCUUGAUAUUCAAGAAUUUAUGAUUAUUCCUUGGGGGUUAUCUACAUUUAAAGAAGCCCUACAGGCUGCGACUGAAAUUUUUCACCAUCUUAAAACAAUACUUAAAACACGAGGUCUUGCUACCAGUGUUGGAGACGAAGGUGGUUUCGCCCCAAAUCUCAAUAAUAAUCAAGAAGCAAUUGAACUCAUUCUAACGGCAACAGAACAAGCAGGCUAUCAACCAGAAAAAGACAUUACGAUAGCACUAGAUGCAGCAUCUAGCGAAUUCUUCAACCGUGAUACGAAAUGUUACGAGCUUAAAGGAGAAGGAGCUACCUUAGACACAAAAGCAAUGGUCGCCUAUUAUCAAAAGCUUGUCGAACAGUAUCCUAUUAUCAGUAUUGAAGACGGAAUGGACGAAAAUGAUUGGGAAGGUUGGCAAACGUUAACGAAUACUAUUGGAGAUAAAUGUCAGCUAGUUGGUGAUGAUCUAUUUGUAACUCAAGUCAACCGCCUAAAACAAGGUAUUGAUGCCCAAGUCGCAAACGCCAUCCUCGUCAAGGUGAAUCAGGUUGGUAGUCUCUCUGAAACAUUAGACACCAUUGAACUUGCUAAAAAUGCAGCCUAUGGCAAUGUUAUUAGUCACCGUAGUGGCGAAACAGAAGAUACAUUUAUUGCAGAUUUGGCUGUCGCCACAAAUGCGUCUCAAAUCAAAACGGGCAGUACCAGCCGUAGUGACCGCCUCGCAAAAUAUAAUCAACUUCUACGUAUUGAAGAAGCCUUAGGAAAUGAUGCUGUAUAUCCUGGUCGCCUAGCAUUUAGUCAUGUACAAAAAUUAACCGACCGAUAA